AUGCCUCUUAGCCGAGCUGAGGUGCUAUUGGACAUGUUCGGACACGUCGAGGGAGGAAUCUCUCGUGCCUACACGAUAUGCUUGACCGGAAUGGCAGAAAAGGUGCGCGAGGCGUCUGCUCGUGGCGAUGCCACGCGUCUCGCACGCCUUCUCAAUGAUGGUGUCAAGCCCCUUCCGGAUGAGCGUGGUCAAGGUCCACUCUUAUUGGCUGCAGCGGCUGGUCACGUGGAGUCCUGCGAUAUACUUAUUCUACAUGGUGUUGACAUAAAUCAAGCUGACAAUUCUGGUAUAACUCCCCUUCAAAGGGCAGCUGCGGAAGGGCACUUCGAAGUGGUGGAACUUUUAAUCAAACAUGGAGCGGAGAUCGGACACCUAGACACAGUUCAUGGGAACUCGUCGUUGCACGAAGCUUCAUGGCGAGGAUAUAGCAGGACCGUUGCUGCCCUGGCAAAGGCCCUUGGGACACAACGUGCUCCUCUGCACGCGAGAAAUCUCGCCGGAUUCGCGCCACUCCACCUGGCCUGCCAAAACGGACACAACCAAAGCUGUCGGGAGCUUCUUCUCGCUGGAUGCAACCCCGACCUUCAGAAUAACUAUGGAGACACUCCACUUCAUACUUCAGCACGAUAUGGACAUGCGGGUGUUACGAGGAUACUCAUCUCUGCUCUCUGCAGAGUCUCGGAUCAAAAUAAAAAUGGUGAUACUGCUCUGCACAUUGCAGCGGCAAUGGGCCGACGAAAGCUGACUCGAAUACUUCUGGAGGCAGGUUGCGAUAGAUCCCUGCGUAACAAGCAAGGCGAGACAGCAAAGGACAUAGCGAGGCGAAAGAAUCUAAGCGAGAUUCUCGAAAUCAUCAGCAAAGCACGUAGCAAAAGUCGAGCUCGAAGCAAGAGUCGAGAGGAGGAGUCGACAGAUAAGGUCGAUGGUAAGGUGGGUGGCAAAGGUGAAAAGAAGAGAGAGAAGAAUGGUAGCGGUACAAGUGGUAGCAGGGAUAGCGGUUCAAAAAAGGAAAAAAAGAAGCACAAGGGGGGAAAGCAACACAAGGUCCAUUUCGAGAAGGCUAUGAUGGGCAGGGAAUGGUCUCCUUAUGGCUGUCACUACUACCCCGAUCCAGAGGCUUUUCCCCAACCUCGCCUCGAUUCGCUACCACCAGAUCCUCUUGCUCGUGGCGAACAGUAUUAUCUUGAUCUAGCCGGCAACAUCAGAAAGGGUCCAGUGGGUGUUGGAUACACCUGCUAUUGUGCCCCGUUCUUCAGACACAUGGAAGCAAAACUCGAGAAGGAUAAGGCGGAACUGAAGGCGCACAUUGAUCAGGCUCAUGAGAGACUCGAUCUCAAGGUCGCUAAUUUGGAGAAAAGAACGAGGGGACAGAUAUCAGAGUUAACAAGAUGUGUGGCUGUCGAGCGCUCAAGAUGUGAUGAGAGACAUGCUCACCUUCAUCAGAAGCUGGCGCGAGGUGGAAAAGGAAGACACAGUGAGAGGCCAGUGAGACAUGUCACCAUGAAUGAACAGAAUCCUCCAGUUCGUGCUAGAUCGUUAGAGGAUUUGCUGGAUGAGAGACCUCAUGAUAGGAGCUUUGAGAUCCCGGGGGAGACCCACAUUCACAGAGGGAGUCUUGAUGAUCUGGAUAUUCCAGCUAUUCCGAGACUCAGCAAGUCGAUGAGGGAUCUGCCUUCAGGGACCUCUUCGAGGCCUAUUUUGAGAGUGCUUGAUGUUCCUGCGAGGCUCAAUGAAACUUUUGAUGGUGUCAUCAGAAGGGGUGACAGGUCAUCUCCACUUGGAGGAGCUUCUUCGCCUUCUGUUAGUCUUAGGCAGCAGGUUUUGCAGCAUCAAAUAUCGAUGUCUAAUGAGUUUGAGACAAGUCCCGUCGAUGAUGGGAGUUCACUUCCGAAGGACAUCGAUGAAAAUUGCGAAAACUGGAGGUCUUCACCUAAACGGAGAAGUGUGCACGAGAUGAUAAAACAGUUCCAGAAAGUUUCAGGAAUGCAUAAUGGCUGGAGGGGCCAAUUGGCUGGAAGCAGUGAACCAACGAGUCCUGAUCACAGCCAAUCUUCACAAAAUCAAAGGGUUCAACCACAGGGCGGAUUGACAAAUGGGUGGCAUGGGGAAAGUGGAGGAAACGAUAGUGAGAGCAGUGAAGGUGAAGAGGAUGGACAACAACCAGGCCCUAUAAAUGGGGGGAUGGCUGGUAAUGGAUCUGAGAAUGUUCCGUACGACACGAUCGCCAGGAUGCCGUACAGAUCGCGCAAUGCUGUGUACAGUCCGACUCCUCCUUUACACGACGCGCAUAAUGAUUCUGGUUACAGUACGCGGAUGUAUGGAUCCAGUAAAGGAGCAUCUCCUUCUCUAUCGGGUCAGUUAGAAUGCGACGUAAUUCUUCCGCAAGGACCUUUCCCGAGUGGAGAACAACUGGUUGCCUUGCUCGAACAACCGCGAGGUCACGACCUCACAGUUUAUGAACGAGGAGCCGACAACGUCGUUAUUAACAUAGGCACCGCGAGCCUAGUCUAACCUAUUUGUAAUGACAAGCCCCUCUGGGUUUCCAAAGACAACAUUAUUCAUGUAUAUAGAAAAUUACAUUUAGUCCACGCCUACAAUCUUACUCAGGAUUGUUUCAUAAAUAUUCAAUAUAUCCCUGCUGAUAAAAAAUUAUAGGAAAUUGAAGAAUUUUUUGGUCUUAGGUCCAGAGCAAUCAUAAGAUUCUAUCAAAUAUGUGCAGAAAUCUUAUACUUUUCUCCCAACAGCAUCUC